AAUACAUUGCUAUGGUUUUUUUCUUUCGCAGGAUCUGUACGAAGUUACAUAAUCAUGUCUGCAAGAUUUGUGGUUUCUUUCUUGCUGAUAUGUCUUUUGGAAGUGGAAGGCUCUUGCCCUCCCGAAACACAGUGCUUUGGAAAUGGCAACUACGAACCUACAACGCAGACUUGCCAGUGCUACGCUCGACAGCGGACCGGGCUCUACACGGGAGAAUGCUGUGAAAGCAUCGACUGCAAGCCGAAUGCGACCUGCAAACAUGGCUACUGCGGCCAGGAUGGCUUAACAUGCGAACGUUGCCUGACGGGGUGGACUGGGCCUAACUGCGAGAACGUGUCGUCAUGCUAUCCGUGGUUUCCCUGCAAACAUGGCGCAUGCGUCAAGUCCCCGAUGAAAUGUGACUGUGAUCCUGGCUGGGUGGGAGACAUGUGUGACCGAUCACUAUGCAAAGUAAACUGCGUCUAUGGAGCAUGCCCAAACGACCCAAUGAAAUGCGUAUGCUACGAAAAUUACUACAGCCCUGAAAAUGGAUGUGCCAGGUCUUACUGUCAUAGAGGAUUUGAAUGUUUGAACGGAGGAUACUGUAUCGACCUCACCCAUUGUGUUUGUCCGCCACACUAUUCAGGUCUUCACUGCGAGACUAUCAGUGAAUGCAGCGUACCGUGUGCACACGGACGGUGUAGCCACAAACCUGACGUAUGCGAAUGUGAGGCAAACUGGAAGGGAGAAAACUGUACCGAGUAUACUGGACCGUGCCUUAACUGCAGCUCCACUGGAGGGACAUGCGAGGACGGGCCUAAUACAUGCAAUUGCAAACCAGGAUACAUGGGCCCACAGUGCUCUGUCAAGAUGUGUGACGGAUGUGAACAUGGAGCUUGUGACGUCACUCCUUUGGGAAAGAGGUGCACCUGCGACUAUGGUUGGGUGAGCCAAGUCCAUGUCUCUGGCUUUGAUCCUCAACAUGGCCCCUGCAACAUAAUCAGGUACUGCGUGGAACCCUGCAAGCAUGGCUCAUGUCCACAUGACCCAUUCAAGUGCGAAUGCACCCCGCCUUAUGUGGGAACAGAAUGCGACAUGAUCCAGUGUCCCAAGUGUUGUCCACCGCAGACGUGCGACUGCUCUGACCCAAACAACGUUCAGUGCUUACCUAGGUGGCAUCACGACUGCUGUCUGCUAAAAUCCUGUUUCCGAGGGGAUACCUUGGUUCACACUGCAAAAGGUCUGGUGCCGAUCGAGAGUAUCAAAGAAGGGGAUAUGGUGGUGACUCGCCACGAGGGCGACGAUCCGUCGGUUUCGUACCUCCGUCGCGUCGACCAAGUUCGGAAACGCCUCGUACCUGCGAAAGAUCUGGUCGUGUUCCGAAUGCACAACGAAGACAUCUGGGUCACACCGGAUCAUCCCUUCUUCGAGGUGGGAUCACGCUCGUGGUUGAAUGCUAAAGACGUGACGACGUCACAUUCGCUUCACGCAUUAAAAGGAAAAGCGCCGAAACUUAAGCAACACCUAACGGGCUCGCAACUCUACUCGUCACCCCAAGGCGGACUCGUGCCUGUGUACGAUCUUUCAGUUGAUGAAUACGAUCGAUAUUCUGUCGGAAAAGAGGGGCUUCUCGUGGCGUCGUGUAAUGACUCCGACGAUCUAAUGACUCGGGAUAAACAGGUUUGGGGUGAGAAGGCACACCCACAAUUUCUGAGCAGCUUGGAUGAAAAACAAGUCGGCAAGGACGACAGCAUGUACAGCUCUAGCGAAGAUGAAUCUGACGACUCUGGCCGCUCGGAUCCAGGCGUCAUCUCUAUCGCGAUCGUAGCAGGUGUACUGGGUGCUAUCGCCUUGCUGGUAGUGACCAUCAUGAUCGUGAGAAAGUACCGUAACCAGAAAAAGUAUGGCAAAGAGUUGGAGCAUUUGGUAUGCCAAACCUGAUUUGCAGCGAGCUAGAAAGGAUGACCUAUAGGGGUGUUCAGAUGCCUGGACAUUUUUAAGGGCUAGAGAUCAUUUCGUUCAGUUUUAAUCAUCAUAAUCCGUUGAUUUUACGUAAAAAGAAAUAGAUCCAGGGACCUGUAAUCAACCUUGAUCCUUUCGUAUCAGUCGGGGGCGGAUCUAUGGAGGGGGGUGAAUUGGGUGGCUAGCCACUUCCCCUUUUAGAAGAAGCAAAAAUAGAAAACUGAAAUAUGUUGUGAAGUUGCAGAAGUGAAAGGAAAUACUCUGGACAGUCACCUCAAUGUUAUAUCUUCUUUGUGGCAUUGCUAUCAUUUGUGGUGUAACAGUUUUAAAUUAGGUUCCAAUUCUCAAAUUGACACAUUUUUGGGGCAUGCUCAAUUGAUUCUGCAACCUGAAGGUACAAUCCACCCCCACUUGAAAAAUACUUGAUCCGCCCCUGUCAGUGUAGUUCGUUAGGCAAUAAUAUAUUUUGUUGUCGAUGCCGCUUUUAAAAAGGGCCUAAGUAAAAGUGCAGACAGGAAUUGAAGCUAGUGAUUCAUUGUGUCUACGUGUACGCGGUAUGACUGAACACAUUUAUUUCAUGUGGUUUGGUAGGAUUAUAUAUCAUAUAGUUAUCUUGUUUUAUUUCGCUCGCCAUAUUUAUUAAUUCCGUACUUGCUGUGUUAAAUAGAAUAUCGCCUGGAGGCUGAUGUACUCUUAUUGUACUGAAUACGGUCUGUCUAUUAGUUACAUCCAUGCUGAGAAAGUUUGAGAAUUCUCUACGUGAUGUACGUAAAUGGCAAAAAUUAGACGGACGUAACAAUGCCGAACUUUAUUAGAAACAUUAAAUGCAUUGCAAUGUAAUGACAUGCACUGAGCCUAUGGAGCGUUUUCACUCACGUGCCAAUUCUUCGGAACAAAAGAAAGUGUUCACAUAAGAAAAAGAGUUCAACUCCCACAGGAUUUAUUGAAGACACCAACAUGGCCGCCGUUUCCUUGUUUUGGGACAGCAAUAAGGCUGCCAUAACGUCAUGUGAAACCACUCUGUAGGAACAAGUACUGUAAGUUUUCAUGUUUAUUUAGCGUUCACACAAUGCUAACUUGAUGUUUUUAUGGGCGAUAUUGUAACAGCAGUUCCGAUUUAUUCUCGGAUUUAUACUCCAGUUAACAUGUACUUGGCUUAAUUUUGGGACAACAAUAAACUACGUUAGAGAGAA